UUCGCCGGCGGACAGUGCUCCGCAACGCCCGCUACCCGCCAGCGACGCCGACGCCGCACCGGCCGCCCGCUAACACCGGAGACUGCAGCGACCGAACAGCGCAACAGCGCUGCUGGACACAAGAUGAUGCGACGUGAACAGGUGCUGGGCCUGGCCCUGCUGAGCCUCAUCAGCACGACCAUGGUCAUGCCCGUCUACGCCCAGUCGGCGCAGGACCACUACGCCGCCCGGCUGCACCGCAAGUUCAUCAGCAAGCCCAACAACAUCAAGAAGCAGGGUUACUAUCCCCCCGACGUGCAGAUCAUCGAAAAGGAGGACCUGGGCUACGGUCCAGUGCUGGGGCCGUCCGGCGGUGGCCCGCCGCUGGGGCCCCCGGAGAGCAGCUCCUCCAUCAACUGGGGCAAGACGCUCAACAUGGCGCUGCAGUUCAUCAUGGGCGCCGCUCAGGCCUUCACUAGCGGCACGCAGAUCGAGAAGGUGGACAGCGGGGCGGAAGGUUUCUCCUGGGCAAAGGUGAUCAGCAUCGGUAUGCAGGUGCUGCUGAACGUACUGGGCGGCGGCUCCGACCCUCAGAUCGAAAAGAAUGACAAUCCCACGCAGAAUGCCGUGCAGGGUGUCCUCGCGACAGUGCUGGGCCUGGCUAUGGGUCAGGACGACCCUGCCUCCGUCCAGGUCAUGGCCAAACAGGCCACUGAGCUGUUCAGCGUCGUUAUGAACCUGGUGGAGGCGCUGAAGACGUCCUUCAGCGAGCGUUCGCUGCACGCCCGCUCGCUGGGCCAGACGGACUACACUGCUGACGCUGGUAUAACGGCCAUCACCAUGCUGGAGGGUGUGGCGCGGCAUGCACUGGUCGGGGAUGAUGUCUGUGGCCUCAAGUCCAUGUGCGUCGCCAACAGAGAUUGCAUGGCCAAGACGAAAGACGGCGAACUUUUCUGCAGGAUUGGAUCGUACGCCGCUUCUUACAUCACACCCCGCACUCUACCGAUGGAGGUGUUCGGAGAAGCAGCCAGGCAAGGCCGCACCGGGGCUGACUGCGACGUCGUCUACAGCCAGUGCAACCUCAUCUAGCCAGUAGCGUCCUCUAUACCCAUUGAACGAUGCACUGGCGACAUCUGCGGUGUGCUCCAACGGUGGGAUGAGGAAAAAGCCGCUGGUAGACGCGGCUCCGAUGCUGGGGAUGCGGGAACGGUGCAAUACGCCCAGGUGUCUGUGGCUGCCCGUUAGUAACUUUUCCUGAUUGGUCGCUUUUUCUUUUGGUACUGAGGCAAUCGAGCAAAAAACUGUUCUAAAUAGGUUUUUCGUUUCAACUACCUUUAGACUGAUAAUCACACAAGGCGGUGGCAUUCCCUGUGGUCCCCUGCUUUAUUUAUUUUAUAUAAUCUUGGAAAGUGCCUGACCGAGGAAUAGCACACAGAUUUGGCCGAGAUUCUUCACUUUACCUUUGCACUUCGUAGUUAUUGUUCAACGCUUGUAACACCAUUCACCACUCAGCUGCCUGGUUCGUCGCCACUGUAUGCUACUCGUUGGCCGGCCCCACGUAUCUGCUCAUGCGCACGUUUCUGAGCUCACCAAGUCCCACGUCUCCACUUUAGCAGACUCCUGCCUCUCACGUCUCGCCUCUCUUUGGCUGCGCCUGCGUAUUGCAUUCCAAGCCCUGGGACAUUGCGCGCGACCUAUUUCGUUGUUGGUAUUCGUUUUAAAUAGGCCGCGCCCGAUAUCCCAUGGCGGUCAAGCUGCGCACCGUUGAAUGACUCUCCCGAGCGGCGUCCAAUAACACCCCCGGGCGUCGUUCGCUAAGCUCCGGGAUGUCGUUGAAAGAUUCUCCCGAGCUUUAUUGAAUGAUGCCCCCGAGCGUUGUUGAGUGGUGCUCCCGAGCGUCGUUGAAUGAUGUUCCCGAGCGUUGUUGAGAACCGCUGCCGAGCGCCGUCGAGUGUCGUCCGAAAUCGUUGUUGUUGUUAGCUGCUGCCGGGCUCAGUCUCGCCAAUAGGUGAUGUACAGUUACCACUCAGGAGCGGCGAGGGCGCGCCCCUGUCGCCCCUGACGGGCCGUCCCGUCACCUGUCAGGCCCCUUCCGGGCCCCUGUCGGCAUCCGCGGAGGACCUUGCGACACCGAACUUGUUAGAGUCUGCAUACGCUGCGUAAGUUCGGCUUGACGCAAGCCGGGUUGCACUCAUCCAUCGUAUCGUCUGUUAGUUGUUUAUUUAUGCUGCGCGGUGCGUGUUGAUCGUUUACUCAUGUGUUGUUGGCGGGGAGAGUAGUAUCAUUAAUGUUACACGUGUAAAGGCAUAUGCACCCUUCUGGCGGCUAGUCCAGUGGGAGGGGAGAAAGCGUUAACACCAGUAGAUGUACCAAUAGAGAUGGCACGUCAUGUGAUGUUGGUACACGGCAGGCUUUGUUAAAUAAAUAGUACAACGGUU